AAAAUUUGAAGUUUCUCUCUCACAAUCAUAAAAAAAACAUGUCUUUGUCGUUUUGAGUCAAAAUUCUCACUCCAAUCUUCAUCCCUUCUCCUUUCUUUCUCACUCUACUAAACGAAAGCGACCACCACCCACCGCCCACCGUCCCGCCGGAAAAAUGCUGCGCCACCGACACCGCCGCAAUAAUUAUCUCCUCCUCCUCGUCGUUCUACUAUCGCCGCCUCUAAUUUCAUGUCUGAACGAAGAAGGCGUGUACCUCCAGCGCGCCAAGCUCGGUUUCGACGACCCAAACGCCGUCCUCUCCGACUGGAACUCUCUCGACGAGACGCCUUGCAAGUGGAACGGCGUCGUUUGCGACUCGGCCACCAGCUCCUCCGUCGUCUCGCUGGAUCUCUCCAGCUCAAACCUCUCCGGCCCCUUCCCUUCCAUUCUCUGCCGCCUCAAAGGCUUGUCCUUCAUUUCUCUCUACGACAAUUUCAUCAAUUCAACCCUAUCGGAAGACGAUCUCGCCUUGUGCCAAUCGCUGGAGCACCUUGAUUUGGCUCAGAAUUACUUGACCGGUGCGCUCCCCACCGGAUUAGCGGAUCUCCCCAAUUUGAGGUACCUCGAUUUAACCGGGAAUAACUUUUCCGGUAUCAUCCCCGAAACUUUCGGAACGUUCCAGAAACUCGAGGUGCUCUCAUUAGUGGAGAAUUUGUUGGAAGGAACAAUCCCGGCGUUUUUCGGGAACGUUUCCUCGCUGAAGCAGUUGAAUCUCUCCUACAACCCGUUUUCUCCGGGACGCAUUCCACCGGAGCUGGGCAACCUUACCAAUCUGGAGGUGCUGUGGCUGACAGAGACUAAUUUAGUUGGUGAAAUACCCGACUCACUGGGUCGACUCGGUAGGCUCACGGAUUUGGACCUGGCGUACAAUUCAUUGACCGGUCCGAUUCCGAGUUCUCUCACUGAGUUGACGAGCGUGGUCCAGCUUGAGCUGUAUAACAACUCGUUGAGCGGUGAGUUGCCCGCCACGGGGUGGUCAAACAUGAAGUCGUUGAGGCGGCUCGACGCUUCCAUGAACGAGUUGACUGGGCGGAUACCCGCUGAGUUGUGCGAGUUGCCGCUGGAGUCACUUAAUCUCUACGAGAACAACUUGCUGGGUGAAUUACCGGAUCGCAUUGCUGAUUCACCGAAUUUGUAUGAAUUACGACUUUUUCAAAAUCAAUUGUCUGGAAAGUUGCCUCCAAAUCUCGGCAAAAGCUCGCCGUUGCGGUGGAUUGAUGUCUCAACUAAUAAAUUUUCCGGUCAAAUUCCAGAAGGUCUGUGUUUGAAUGGGGGUCUCGAAGAGCUGUUGCUGAUCGAAAACUCAUUUUCCGGCGUAAUUCCUCCUACCCUAGCCGAAUGCCGGAGCUUGUUGCGCGUGAGAUUAGGGCACAACAACUUUUCCGGUGAGGUGCCGGCGGGAUUUUGGGGGCUUCCACACGUCUCGUUACUCGAGCUCGCCGGGAACUCAUUCUCCGGCGGAAUUGCAAAAACCAUCGCCGGCGCCUCCAAUUUAUCUCAGCUGAUUUUGUCCGGUAACGAUUUUUCUGGCAGUAUACCGGAGGAGAUCGGAUUUCUGGAUAGCUUGCUCGAAGUUUCUGUCAACGACAAUAAAUUAUCAGGUUCUUUACCAGUUAGUAUUGUGAAUCUCGGGCAAUUAGUAAAGCUGGAUCUUCAUAACAACGAGUUGUCCGGCAAAAUUCCUAGUGGGGUUCAUUCCUGGAAGAAGCUCAAUGAGCUGAAUUUAGCAAGCAAUGAUUUCUCAGGGGAUAUUCCUGACGAGAUCGGUGAAUUAUCCGAUUUAAAUUAUCUCGAUUUAUCAGGAAAUCAAUUCUCCGGCAAAAUUCCAGUCAGUUUGCAGAAUCUGAAGCUCAACCGUUUCAACUUGUCAAACAAUCGUCUCUCGGGCGACAUCCCACCAUUGUAUGCCAAGGUUAUCUACAAAGAUAGCUUCGUCGGAAAUCCAGCAUUAUGCGGCGAAAUCGACGGUCUUUGUGAAGGAAAAAAUCGAGUCAAAGACAUGGGCUAUCUGUGGCUGCUGAGGUCAAUUUUCAUACUCGCCGGAUUGGUUCUUAUUAUCGGUUUGAUUUGGUUCCAAUUGAAGUACAGGAAAUUCAACAACACCAAAAAAUCGUUUGACAGAUCAAAAUGGACACUAAUGUCGUUUCACAAGCUGGGAUUCAGCGAGGAUGAAAUAAUGAACGCGUUAGACGAGGACAACGUUAUCGGAAGUGGUUCAUCGGGAAAGGUGUACAAGGUUGUCUUGAGCAGCGGCGAAGCGGUUGCAGUGAAAAAGCUAUGGGGUCGUUCGAAAUCAGUACGAGAUUAUCAGAGCAGCGAUGACGUGGAAAAGGGCAAUAACAAUAAUAAUAAUCUUCAAGAUGACGGUUUCGAUGCUGAGGUGGAGACUUUGGGGAAGAUCAGGCACAAGAAUAUUGUUAAGUUAUGGUGUUGUUGCACUACUAGAGAUUGCAAGCUUUUGGUUUACGAGUACAUGCUUAAUGGUAGUUUAGGUGAUCUUCUUCACAGUACGAAGAGUGGCUUAUUGGAUUGGCCGAUUCGGUUCAAGAUAGCAAUGGAUGCUGCAGAGGGGCUAUCUUACUUGCACCACGAUUGUGCCCCUCCGAUUGUUCACAGAGAUAUAAAGUCGAAUAAUAUAUUGCUCGAUUCGGAAUAUGGUGCACGUGUUGCAGAUUUCGGUGUGGCGAAGGUGUUUGAUGUGAACGCCAAAGGCUCCAAGUCCAUGUCGGUUAUUGCAGGCUCUUGUGGCUAUAUUGCGCCAGAAUACGCUUACACGCUUCGGGUGAAUGAGAAGAGCGAUAUAUACAGCUUCGGUGUGGUGAUUCUUGAAUUGGUCACCGGUAAACUACCCGUAGAUCCCGAGUUCGGGGAGAAGGAUUUGGUGAAAUGGGUGUGCACCACGUUGGACCAAAAGGGCGUCGACCAUGUCAUCGACCCGAAACUCGAUUCAUGUUUUAAAGACGAGAUAUGCAGAGUCUUGAAUAUAGGGCUACUCUCAACGAGCCCUCUUCCUAUUAAUCGACCUUCAAUGAGAAGGGUGGUUAAAAUGUUGCAAGAGAUAGGCAAUGUGAACCAGCAUAAUUCCGUUGGAAAAGACGGUAAAUUGACGCCUUAUUACUACGAAGAUGCCUCCGAUCAAGGAAGUGUAGUAUGAUUAAAUUUCGAAAAUUUCCGAUAUAUUUACGUUUGAGAUCUUUUGCAAGUAAAUUGUAAAUUAUGAAUCAACCAAAUCACCUGAGUUUCCACUACCCAAGUAUAGGAAACAGUUUGCAGUUACUCCUAAGAAAUUAAUUAUCUGGGGAUUUAUAUUUAGCCUUUUUUUGAGGUGUUGGUUGGUAUAUGAUAAAUUGGUUGCCUUAAAUGGGUAAAA